AUGGCGUUUGGAGAUUUCAAUUCGAUAUGUGAAAAGACGCCAGUGCCACUGUGCCUUCUGGUGGGCCCGGCAUCUUCAAUUUCAGGAGCCACCGGCAUCGUGUCCAAUUGCUAUGCACGGAACAUCGAAGUCGCCAACACGAUGAUCUUCCAGGGCGCCGCUUCUUUCAUGCACAUCAUCGCACUUGGAAUGACGGUGAUUAUGAUCUUGCAUAUUCGAUCCAAAUUCACCGCAGUUGGGCGGAAGGAAAUCAUUACCUUUUUCUAUCUUUAUAUGGCUCUGACAAUUUUCUCCCUGAUUAUCGAUGCCGGCGUGGUUCCACCACGCAGUGGUCCAUUUCCUUACUUUGUGGCAAUCCAAAAUGGACUAAUCUCGGCUCUAUGCUCUUGUCUGCUAGUCAACGGUUUUGUUGGGUUCCAACUAUACGAAGAUGGUACUGCCCUGUCCGUUUGGCUGAUCCGGGUUCCCUCUGCCAUCAUGUUUGUCAUGACCUUCGUGAUAUCCCUACUCACUUUCAUGUCCUGGGGAGGGUUGGGACCUGAGAAUACCGUGGGCAUGUUUGUCGUGCUCUAUCUCUUCAACGCAAUUUGCAUUGCCAUCUAUAUUGCCAUGUCGCUGCUGCUGGUGGCUAAUACACUCAACGAGCGUUGGCCUCUCGGACAUAUUUGCUUUGGUUUGGCAGUUUUCAUCAUCGGUCAGGUACUCCUGUAUGCCUUCAGUGAUUUGAUCUGCAACAAUGUUCAGCAUUAUAUGGACGGUCUAUUUUUUGCCACCUUUUGUAACCUGUUAUCCGUUAUGAUGGUCUACAAGUUCUGGGAUUCAAUCACCACGGAGGACCUGGAGUUUUCCGUUGGCGUCAAACCUAACACCUGGGAGGUCAAAGACCUGCCGGAAGCAGACCGACGUCGGUCCGUUUACUAG